AUGGGCAAGGAUGGGCCUGGGGCUGCUCCAAUAUCCGGUAUUACAGAAAGUGUAUCUGACUCAGAGAGGCAUCUGACAAACGAGCUUGGCUGCAACUGGUCUGUCCUCCACGAACUCCAACUCAGCGGCUCAGACAGCAACACAACUCGCAAGAAUCAGUCAACCUAUGUGUACGAUUUUACAAGUUGCACUGGUGGAUCUGCUUACAUCAUGGAAUCCUAUGCCUAUGGAGCUAUAUCGCGUGAGGAAGCGUUGGAAAUUGCGUACUGGCGUGGCAAAUUGUGUUCCGAACUAAAGAGUGAUGCACCCGAAUUGAAAGGUUCCAUGAUGGCUGUCGGCCUAUCGAGAAAAGCAGCAGAAGAUUACAUAUCAGGCGUCCAAACUGGAAAGCUCGUUGUUGCUUGUGUCAACUCACCUUCCUCGGUCACUCUUUCUGGAGAUGGAGCGGCUAUUGACGAGCUCCAUGAAGUCCUCAAGAGCAACUCGGUGUUCGCGAGGAAGCUGAAAGUUGAGAACGCAUAUCAUUCUCAUCACAUGGAGCGAAUUGCAGAAAAGUACCUGACUUAUAUUUCGGGAGUGACCGUUAGAAAGCCAGAAGGUGGUGACAAUAUCAUAUUUGCGUCCUGUGUUGCGGGGAAGAUCGUCCUGUACUCAGACCUCGAACCCGAAUGCUGGGUGAAGAACCUGGUAUCACCUAUUCUAUUCUCCGAUGCUGUCGAAGCAAUAUUCAAGAAUUCACCAAAACGCAAGCGCCGAGGGAGAGCCACUGAAGCACCUUUCGGUAAUAUACUGGAGGUUGGACCACAUGCGCCACUUAAAGGUCAACUUCGCCAAAUCCUGCACGCGCUGAAACUGGAAGACGUCAGUCAUGCGUCAGUGCUCAACCGUGGACAAGGUGAUGCUAAUUCGGCUGUUGAGUGUGCGGGUAUGCUUUACAUUCACGGCAUACCUCUGUCAAUCCCCUCAAUCAACGAGACUCAAACGAAGCGCCGGUCGCUAGACAGCCUCCCGCCAUACUCAUGGAAUCAUGCUCAUAAAUAUUGGACCGAAUCGCAACUGAGCAGAAAUUAUCGCUUUCGCGAGCAUGGACGCCAUGAUCUGCUAGGAUCCUUGGCUCUGGGGUACAUCGAGCUCGAACCGAAGUGGAGAAACUUUCUUCGAGUGAACGAGAGCCCCUGGAUUCGAGAUCAUGUUGUCCAUUAUACAAUACUAUAUCCUGGUGCAGGUAUACUCGCCAUGCCUAUCGAGGCGAUGCCACAGAUAGCUGACAAAGAAAGGACAAUCGAAAACAUCGAGCUUAAAGAUGUGCAUAUCACGAAAGCCAUUGUUGUUCCUGAUGGUCAGAUGGGCACGGAAUCAGCUGCGGCGACCUAG